UAUGUUAGAGCAAAGUGUUCUCAACCUAGUUGUUCGUGGAAGAUAUAUGGCGCACGUUCAAAGAGGGACGGGUCAUUCCAAAUUAGGUCAUUACAGGAGGAACAUACUUGUUCCAUCAUGUUUGACAACAAAAGGGUAACGAGUGCUUGGUUGUCAAAACACUUCUUCGAUACCAUCAAAGCGAUGCCUGAUGUGAAGAGUACUCAGCUGAAGCAGUUGGUGAGGGAGCAGGUAGGGAUUAACGUGUCACUCAAUCAGUGUAAAAGAGCCAAGUAUAAGGUGAUGAAAAAAAUUCUAGAGAGGUACAAGGAAGAAUAUGGUCAAAUUUGGGAAUAUGCUGGAGAAUGUAGGCUGCAAAACCCGGGUAGUCGAGUUUAUGUUGAGGUUGUGGAGCGGCCACUGCCUAACCAUGGGACUAACUUUGACCGAAUUUAUAUUUGCUUUGAUGCAUGCAAGCGGGGAUUUGUUGCUGGUUGUAGACGAGUCAUAGGGUUAGAUGAAUGUUUCUUGAAGUGUGUGUGCAAGGGAGAAUUGUUGGCUGCCAUUGGGAGGGAUGGCAAUAAUCAGAUGUUUCUAAUUGCUUGGGCUGUUGUGAAGGUAGAGAGCAAGGACACUUGGUCGUGGUUCCUGAAAAAUUUGAUGGCGGACCUUGAGAUCACUAAUGGAGGAGGUUGGGCAUUCAUGAGCGACCAACAAAAGGGACUUCUUCCUGCUCUAGCUGAGUUGAUGCCAUUUACUGAACAUAGGAUGUGUGAGAGGCACAUAUAUGCAAACUGGGCAAAGAUCUACAAAGGGGAGAAACUACAGAAGCAAUUUUGGAUGAUAGCUAAGAGCACCAACAUGGCUAAUUUUAGAAUUCACAAACAGCAGCUGCUUGACUUGACGAAGGACGGUUAUGAAGCACUUUUUCAAACUGAACCCAUGCAUUGGUGCAAGGCCUUCUUCAGUGAAGAAUUCAAGAGCGAUAUCAUUGAUAACAAUCUCAGUGAAGCCUUCAAUGGCAGAAUUUUAGAGGCGAAGUGCAAACCAAUCAUCAGCAUGCUUGAGGAUAUUCGAGUGAUAGUCAUGACAAGGCUGCAAAAACAGAGAGAUGAGGCUGCGAAGUGGACUGGACAGUGUGGUCCUAGGAUUGUUAAAAGAUUGGAUGACAACUUGGCGAGUAGUAGGUUCUGUCAUCCUAUCUGGAAUGGAGAUGAUGGCUAUGAGGUCAUGGAAAAGACAGACAAGUAUGUUGUUAAAUUGGACAAACUAAAGUGCUCAUGUUGA